AUGAAGACACGCCCAGAGCAAGUCCUUGUCUACGAGUUCAUGCCAAACGGCGACCUCCACAAGUGGCUCUCUCCGGGGGCGCCCUUUGUGCUGACUCUACAACAGCGGCUGGACAUCUUGAUUGGGGUGGCACGUGGCUUUGAGUACCUCCAUGGCUUUGGAAUCGUGCACCGCGACAUCAAGCCUGCCAACAUCCUUCUUGACAAAGACAUGCAGGCCAAGAUUGCAGACUUUGGGCUUGCGAGGGCAGAGGAGGGCAGCUCGGUGGGUUCGACCCAGCUGGUGGGGACACCGGGCUACGUGGAUCCCGUCUAUUCCAAGACAUCCAAAGCUUCCACUGCCACCGAUGUCUACAGGGAAGCGCUUGCUGCAAAGGAGGCGGCUAAGGCACUACCCGAGCUUGGCAUAAUCGACGCGGUUAUCCGCGCAGUGGCGGAAGAUCUCGGCAGAUCCAGCUACUCCAACCGCAAGUUCAAGGAGCUGCAGGAAGUGUUCAUGCAUACCAACCUCGACGUCCAGGGGAUCCACAGCGUCCGCUGGUUGAGUCGCGGCGAUGCAAUCGCACGAUUCGUACGCGUUCUGCCUGCUAUCAUCGUUAUGCUCGAGGAGUCGGACAAGACGAUGUACCACUUAGUAACGUCGUUCAAGUUUCAUUACUUCCUGUUCUUCUUGGCAGAUGUGCACACGGCACUCAACGCGCUCAACCUGCUAUUCCAGAAGCGACAGGUCGACCUCACUGCAGUGCACUCCCAGGUGAGGCGGACCAUCAUCUACAUGGAGCAGAGGUACCUGAACUGUGGCCAGCAGUUUGGCGGUGGGACCAGCGAGCUGCUGUCUGCUUUCCUCGCGCGGCACGCCUCGCCCGACUGCCGUGAAGUGACUGUGGAAGGGGUGGACAAGGAGGGUCAGCCCCGUGUACACAAGUUCCAGCUGCACGAGGAGGCAGUCAAGGGAUACACCACCAGCAGCGGGGACAUGCAAGGCUGCUACACCUGCUGCCGCUCAUUCGCCCGCGAGCUGGUGUACAACCUUGAGCUGCGCUUGGGAGACUUGACGCGCUUGAACGGGGCGAAGCUCUUCAUGCCCCGCUCGUGGCUGAGGGGCGUCGAGGCAAGGAGCACCUGCACGGCCUCGUCCAUCUGUUUCAGGCCAAGAACCGGGACACGAUCUUGCCUG